GGAUCAUUGAAGAGCCGAGGGUUUCCUGCGAAAUGCAGAACGUGUGUUUAUUUACUCGUCAGAUGUUUUCCAUCCGCGAUACACGAAGACGCGCUGUAUGAUUGUCUAGCCUGUAUGCGUGCAAAAGAGACUUCCAGAGCCACGAUUUGACUUCGCUUGAAGAGUAGACGAUUGGCCCAAAAUGGCACAGUGGGAAAAAGUACAGCAGCUGGAUUUGCUGUAUCAACAAAGGGUUCAUGAUCUGUACAGCGGUGAUGCAUUUCCUAUGGAGGUCAGACAUUACCUAGCACACUGGAUUGAGGGCCAGGACUGGUAUCGUGGCUUUCGGGACUCCUCCUAUGCAGUGCUCCUGUUUCAGGUGCUUCUGGAGAAUCUGGACAACCAGUUCAGUCGUUUCGCCCAAGAAAGAGAUUUCCUGCUGCAGAGUAGUUUUAGACGCUACAAACAAUACUUUCAGAAGUUUCAGGAGGAACCCCAUGAUCUAGCUGCUAUUAUCAACUGGUUCCUGACAAAAGAGAAAGAUGUCUUGAAUGAAGCAGAGCUUGUACAGAAAGCGCAGACAUUGAACGUUCACCCAACUGUGAUGGAUCCGGAAAGCCAGAGUGAAAUGGAAAAGAAAUUAAGAGAGUUCAAGAAGAAAACCGAGGUGAUGGAGCACAACAUAAGAUGUUUGGAAGAACAGCAAGACGAGUUUGAUUUCAAAUACAAGACAAGCCAAAUGGACUGUAAGACCCCGAACACACAACAGAAGAAGAAAAGCUGGUGCCUUCAGAAGAUGCUCAACACACUUGAUAAGGCCAGAAAGAACUUCCUGUCCGACAUCUUGAACAUGUUGAACUCUGCUGAUCAUCUUUGCUCAGUGCUCAUAGACAAGGAACUGGUUGACUGGAAGCGGAGACAACAGAUAUCCUGCAUUGGUGCUCCAGAUAAUACAAGCCUGGAACAGUUAGAGAAAUGGUUCACUCAGACGAUAGAGAGUAUGUUUAGUCUGUUUAAGUUCUUGGAGAAACUCGAUGAGCUGCAAGGGAAGUUGAGCUAUGAAAAUGACCCCAUACUCGAACAAAAAACUCCCUUAAAGGAACAAACUGAAGCUGUGCUGACCAACCUGCUGAAAAGUGCAUUUGUGGUGGAGUCUCAGCCAACCAUGCCGCAAGGUCGAGGACCACUGGUGCUGCGCACAAAUGUCCAGUUUUCAGUCAAAGCCAGAUUCUUGUAUAAAGUUCCUGAGCUCAACCAUGUUAUGAAGGUGAAAGUCUCCAUUGACAAGGAUGUUGGAAAAGUCAAAGGGUAUCGGAGGUUUAACGUUCUGGGUACGUCCAGUAAAUCUCUUAAUAUGGCUGAAAGUUUAAACGGCAGCAUGGUGGCUGAUUUCAGACAUUUGACUUUGAAAGACCAGAAAAUUAGUGGUGGAGGAAAAGGAAUCAGCGAUCUUUCGUUGAGUGUGACCGAAGAACUGCACAAAAUACACUUCGAGACACAAUUUGACUAUCAAGGCCUGUCCGUCCCUUUGGAGACCUCUUCUCUUCCUGUUGUGGUGAUUUCAAACUCCAGUCAGCAGCAAAGCGCCUAUGCAUCUGUUCUGUGGUUUAACAUGCUCUGUUCAGAUCUCAAUAAAGUUACAUUUUUUGAGAGCUGUCCUGUAGCCACCUGGCCACAGUUUGGGGAGAUGUUGAGUUGGCAGUUUCUCUCAUGUGGAAAGCGUGGUCUGAACAGCGAUCAGUUGGAGACCCUCGCUAUUAAGCUUUUCGGUAAACAACAGAGUUAUGACAACUGUACAAUAUCCUGGUCAAGGUUCAGUAAGGAGAGCAUCCCUGAUACAAACUUCACCCUGUGGGUGUGGCUGGAUGGUGUUCUCAGCCUGGUUAAAAAUUACCUGUCAGACCUGUGGAGUGAUGGGUCUAUAAUGGGUUUCGUGAGUAAGGGGAAGGAGAAGGUUUUGUUGAAGAAGAAACAGCAUGGCACUUUCCUGUUGCGUUUUAGCGAGAGUAUCAGAGAUGGUGGAAUAACAUUCAGCUGGGUUCAGUAUUCAAAUGAUGGCACACCAAAUGUGCGUGCAGUGCAGCCGUUUACCAGCACAGACCUCAGGCAGAUUGCUUUGCCCGACAUCAUUCGCAACUUUCAGAUCAUGGAGGCCGAAAACGUUCCCAUUAACCCGCUUUGUUACCUUUACCCCGAUUCUCCUAAAGAUGAGGCGUUCGGCAAGUAUUACAGCGAGAAGACUGGAGAUGAGAAUCCUUACCUGAAAUACCUCAAGACCAAACUGGUUUUUGUCUCUAAAGAGAAUGGAUGUACAAGCUCCAGAGAGGAGCCAGUUUCUGACCUGUGCUCACAGCACAGAGACUCCCCUGCUUCUGAGGUAGAUGAUAGUGUGAUGCUUCAAGGGCCCGAGAACUCGCCGAUGUUCUCCGACUUUACCAUUGAUACAGAAUUACUCAACAUCAUGUUGGAGAGCGAGACAUUCAGCGGUACAGACAUCCAAAUUUUUUCAGACAUCCAAGAUGCUCCUCCAGUGAGUGAUGUGGAAACCCUCUUUCCAGAAGCACUUUCUCCAGAAACAGAUUUUCUAGGCGAUCCAAACCUCCCAAACUUUACCUUUGAUCCAAAAUGUUUCAUCCCAGAUUAUAGUUCGCAGAAGUUUAGCUAUCAUCAUAGCAUUCCCCUAACCCCAUGAAUUUUAUCUUUUAACUCAAGUGCUCACAUAUAAUACACUUCAUCUUGUAAACCCUAAACUUUGCAACUUGCUCGGUUCAUAUCGUCAUGAUUUAAAACUAAAUAUUAAAGUAUGCUGCAGUAAACAGUAUAUUUUUGUUUAGGCUGAAUUGCAUAAAUUCAAAAAAAUAUAUACUAUUUGAUCCAAUCAAGAAUGUAUUGUAAGAAUGGAUUCAACUGUUCUAAGUAACAACAAAUUUAAAAGCUAUAAACUUUAUUUUAGUCAAUAUUAACGCCAUUGGGUGUUGAAAAGGAUCGAUUUAAAAAAUUACUUCAAUUGGUAACCUACUUUUUUUUCAACUCGUGUUUAAGUGAAAAAUAAAAAAUUAAAAUUGAGAAAACCAAUGGAAGUAUUUUUUUUAAGUUGAUCCAAUUUUUUACAAUGUACAGGUUUCUCUGCAUAUAUAUAUAUAUAUUCUCUAAUAUUAAACAAACUUUCAAAGUAAACAUUGGCAUUUUAAAUUAAAGUGAAUUGAUACACAUUGAAGUCUCUAUGCAAAAAGAAUUCCUUUUUAUCCCUUUAGUAAUUCGUUUAUAGGAAUAUGAUUGGGAUACCCUAAAACUGAUUCAGUUACAAUGUUCAAAAUGCUUCUAACGUAGUCUUGUAAUAGAAAUGAUUAGGCUUUAAAUUCUUGCUGCUUAUAAAUGAUUAUUUUUUUCAAUGAAAAAAUAGCGGUGAAUUUUACUCUAAAGUUACAUUUCACCAAAAUGAGCUGUGAAAUGGAGAAUGUCUAGUUGUUCCUUGCCGCCUUUUAUGACAUAAACCUCCACUUUUCCGAUUUUGUACUGUUUGGGGAAGUGGCUAAAUGUGUUUUUUUAAUACUGCACUUUGUUAGUCAAAUGAUUUUUAGUUAACUAUUUAAAAAUAAUUUGAGGGCUUUUACUGAAUUGCACAAUUUAAAGAAAACAGAAAUGUCAAAUUUUCCUGUUUCCUGCACUGAAUAGCUGAGUCAUUACUUAAAAAAUUUGAAUAGUCAGAAACUGUUUAUAGAGUUGGGACAAAAAGAAAGUUGGGACUAGGUUUAUUUGCACUUAUAGAAAAUACUAAAACUUUUAGCCCAGUUAAUGACAGACACAUGGGAUAAUACUGAAUUAUGAUAUUGUUAUGUAAUGUGAAAACUGUCUUAUUGUAUAGUUUGUCAGUUCCUUGAUAUUCAAUGAUCAAAAACAUUGAUCAUAUUAUUUCUAUGUGUGGCAUUGUAAUAUAUAUACAUUCAUCCUCUAGCUGACCUAUACUGGAAUAGUCGAUGUUUAUAUUUUAAGUGAAUUUGAAUACCACAAAUGCGAAUAGCAGAGAAAUGCACUUCAGUGAAAGCAUAAAGUAUGCAUCUGAUUUCUUGAUAAAUGAAAUGACUUAAGUUUAGUCCUCUUUUAUUGCUUCGUAGAGCAUGUUUUUGUUUCCUUUUAAAGUCACUGCAGUUUAUGUCUUUUUAGUUGAGUAGGUUGUGUUAAUGUGUAGUUUUCUUUAAUAAUGUAUCAUAAUGGAUUUACCUGAUCAGGCAUCACUUUUUACCAUCUUAAAACAGAUUACUAGAAUGUCAUAAAAUAUACCCGGGUCAGUUAAAUAUAUAUGCUUGAACCACUAUUAACCACAGUCAGUAUCCAUCUCCUUACAGUUAUACCCAAUAUUCACAUGUAGUGUUUGUUGGAUUUGUCAUGUAUUCCACUUUACAUUCACAUUCAAUGUUGAUGAUUUACAAACUAAUUACGUAUUGUAAACUGGUUACACUUGUCAUUUUGUACACCAAUAAAAUGAUUAAAAAUUAA